AUGGCACCAUCUCGAAAUUCCAAUACCCACGAAAAACACCACCAGCCCCAUAUAAAAGCACCCAACCGCGAAAAAAAAAUCCCCAACCCUCUCAUCAGCGAUAUGAAAGACCAAUCCUCUGUCAAAGUAGCCAACACCAAUGCACGCCCAUCCCUGAUGGGAAUCCACCAGCCGCUUCCCAGACCAUACCGCUCCGGCUCACAAUAUUUCCCCCCAAAUGUUUUGACCGAUGAAGGGGACUCAAUGGAAUCACUGUCCUUACCACCAACCCCCCUCCCCCAACCCAAGACCCACCCCACAUCCCCGGCAAAAGACACUAGCGCACCAGGAAACCAACAACCCCCACUUCUGCUCCCCCCCGGUUGCAGCAGAAGCAUCAACCCCAUUGUUGAGGAUACCUUCGAAGACCUCUUCCAAAUCCAUCCAUGCCCCCAAGGAUAA